CAUGCACGAGUACAGUAUGCUCAUGGCUGUUGCAUGCAGCCUCCAAUGUCGGCUGAAUCGUCGACGUUGGUUCUAUCACUGCCUCCUAUGUCGAUUCCUUUGACGGUCAGGCCCUCUGCCGACAUGUGCAACGGCUGACUGUCUGCCCCUCCCGCGAUGUCGUCGCAGCCUCAUCGCACACCGGUAGCAUGCGACGAGCUGAUGGCGGAUUCCUCACUCGCGACGAGGCCACCAGAUCCGUCGCGAAUGCGCAUGCUCGAGCAGCCGCGCUCCAGGACCAGACCAGGCCACCCAUGCUCGAGCCCGCAUUCUGGCGGGGCGACAGUGGAACUGGCACUCCCACACCCACCGGCGUCGGAAAUGAUAGUAGUCGAGCAGUUAAUUCUGCAAGAGCGGCGAUCUGAGGGCAAUACGGGAGGUACUAGUGGCUAUCAGAGGGAAGAACGCUAAACCGCACGCAUGGGAGGGAACACGGCGCGAUGCACUAGCCCAGCGAGAGUGCGAUCCGACGCGAUUGCGUCGACGGAAGGCAGCGAUGACCAUGGUGCCGACGGUGCUGCCGCUGCCGCGCGGCAGCUGGAGGCUGCGCAGGUUGCUCCGUCGGUGGCUCCGUCUUCGUCGACGGGAACCGGAAAGAGGAGUCGAUCGAGUGUGGAAGCGGAGCAGACCCAUCCACACCCACACUCGAGUGCUGUGCGCGUGAAUUGCGGUUUCUGCACCGCGCUCACGCCCGUCGCUCUCUCCCUCGACCUCCCCAACUGCGCCUGCCUCCUCUGCCUCCCCUGCGCGCGCGGCUCCUUCCGCCCCCAGCUGGAGCCUGGAGCGUCUAAGGGCACAGCUGGUACGCGGAGAGCACCCGCUCUCCGCCCAUCAUUCUCCUGAAAAUUCUCCUGGAAAUUCUCCUGGAAAUGCUCCUGUCAAAGAUUCCAUGGCCUGCCCGUGCUGCGUGCGCCCAGUUCCAGCGCUCCACGUGCAGACCCUCCUGCCCGAAGAAUUCUGGCAGUGGGAGGAAGCGGCGACUUCGGUUGCCCUCGCCAGUUUCUCCCGGGCAGAUGAAAUUGUCCUCUGCCCAGGAUGCCACGUUCUCGUGGAAAAACUGCCCGCUGAGGCACCAGCUGACCCAGAGACUGUAGCAGCAGCAGCAACAGCAGCAGCAGCCGACGCAGCAGCAGCAGUAGAAGCAGCAGAUGCAGCAGCGGCAGAAGCAGCAGCAGCUGUGGCAGCAGCGGUAGCAGCAGCAGAGACGGCAGCAGCAGAAGCAGCAGAAGCAGCAGCAGACGCUGCAGACGCUGCAGAGGCAGCAGAGUCAGUGGAAGCAGUUGCAGCAGCAAAGGCAGCAGCAGAAGCAGCAGCAGCUGCAGCCGCAGCAGAAGCAGCGGAGGCAGCAGCAGCAGAAGCAGAGGCGGAGGCAGCAAAAUCAGCAGCAGCAGAUUUAGCAGCGAAAGCAGCAACAGCAGAAGCAGCAGCAAAAGCAGCAGCGGAAGCAGCAGCAGCAGCAGCGAGCACUGAAGAAAGAGACGAGGAAGGCCAGCUGCUAACCCCGGAAAUGAUACUCCGGUGUGGCCAGUGCGGGGUGGUCUUCUGUGGUUCGUGCCGCGAGCACCCUUACCACCUCGGCCUCUCCUGUGCUGCAUACUCUGUCCGCCUCGCUGCACCCAAGUGCCGCUUCUGUGGGGAGCGGAUCGACUGGGAAAGGAUUGAGGAAGCUGGAGAGGAAGAGGGCGACGAUAAUGAUGAUGAAGGGAGGAGGAAGAGAGAGGAAGCGGUCAGGCAGCUUGCAGAGCUGGUCGCACACCCUGGCAACACAAUCCCACGUGGCAGCAGCAGCAGUGGCAGCAGUGGUAACGCCCACACUUGGGCAUGGGGCGAGGGAGAGAUGAGGGGUCUCCUUGCGGCAGUGGGAGCAGACACGGCUUGGUGCGUGAGCAAGGCAGAUUUAGCAGCGGUGGCAGGGCUGGCAGUGUGUGUGUGUGGUGAGGAUCAGUGCCGGGAGCGGCUGAGAGGCGCGUGCACGCGGGUCGGUCCCUGUGGGCAUGCGUGUGGGGGGGUGAGUGGAGAGCUGCAGUGCCUGCCGUGCCUCCAUGACCUUUGCUUUGAAAAGCUCAAUGCAGCAGCAGCCGCUGCAACAGCUCCCUCUGCUGCUGCUGCUGCUGCUGCUGAUGCCUCUGGUGGUGCUGCUGCUGAUGCCUCUGGUGCUGCUGCUGCUGAUGCCUCUGGUGCUGCUGCUGCUGAGGCAGCUGACAGCAGUGGUGCGCCCUCUGCCAUCCCUCUUCCCCUGCCGCAUCUCGCAUCCGCCAGCGACUUUUGUCCCAUCUGCUGGGUGGAGCCGAUAGCUGCCGCCCCGGCCAUCCGUCUAUCCUCCUGCAGGCAUGUGGUGCAUGCGGCAUGCGCAAGGGAGAAGAUCCGCCAAUCAUACCCCGGGCCUGAACUCUCCUUCGGAUUCCUCUCCUGCCCCCUCUGCCCCGCUACCACCAUGGACCAUCCUGCACUACAGACAGAGCUUGCCGCCCCUCUGGCCCUGAAAAAGCAAGUGAAGGAUUUGGCAGUGGAGAGGGUGAAGGCAGGGGAGGGGGGUGGGGGUGCUGAGGGGAUUCGGGGUGUUGAUGGGGCUGUGAAUGGUAAUGAGGAGGGGGAGAAUGGGGGUGGGGAUGGCCGUAUGGGGAACGGUGUGCUGGCAGGGGCAUUGCGGCGGUUCCUGUUCUUUCUCUGCUCGCGCUGCCACCGCCCGUACUUUGGUGGGGACCGGAGGUGCGGUGCUGGACCUGCUGCUGCCGAGCCUGAGGAUGAGGUUGAGGAGGAGAGGGAGGGAGGGGAGGGGGAGGAGGGACGGGCGGAGGAAGGAGGUGGGGGGAAUCAGGGAGGCAACGAGCUAGUGUGUGGUGAGUGCUUGGCUGCUGAAGCCGCUGAAAGGCAAAGGGAGGCAGCAGCAGCAGCAGCAGCAGGGGAGAGAGAGAGGAGCAAGGAGCAGCUGUGGGAAGCAGGUAAGCCGUGCACGAGCAAUCACGGGCAGGAGAGCGUGCAGUUCAAGUGCCGCUUCUGCUGCUCUAUCGCCACCUUCAUCUGCGGUGGCUCCACGCACUACUGCACCCCGUGCCACAACGGCGGCAAUACACCCGCCAAUUCCUGCAUGGGAGGAGACGGGUGCCCGCUGCGCGUGGCGUGGCACCCCAAAGCCCCAGCGGAGUUUUGCCUUGGCUGUGCUCUGUGUAGGCCCUAAGGGCACCAGGCUUCAUUGCGGAUAGGCACACGGAGGAGGGUGAGGUGAGGAGAGGUAGUUACCUCAAUUCGCUGGAAGUGCUUAUUGCGUCGCUGUGCCAUCCCAAAUCCCCUGCCCAUUUUGUAUUGGUUUAGAUGAUGGUUGUACAUUGUACAAAACUAUUCGGGUUGUAACACCUUAUACGGUUUGAGUGUGCUCUUAGUACAAGAAAUUGUGGU